UUCUUUACAGACGGGAACCGGGCCGCUGGAUGAUGGCGUUGGAGAAGCUGCUGCUGUUGGAGCUGGGUCUGUACACCAGCUGUUUCGUGUGUGGGAUCGUCACCGCCGCGUCCGUCACCAUCGUACAGGGUGACUUUCACGGUCUGUGCAUGCUGUACGGACACGUCAACUACAGUGCAACGGCAAACACCAUCGGCGUCCCGCAGUACAGCUCCGCUUCUCUCUGUUAUUUUGUGUCGGCCAUAUCAAUCAUGGUGGCAGUGGUGUGUUUCUCUCUGUCUCUGUACUGGGCAUACACUCUCUGCAUUGAGAGGAACACGACAAGGGAGCUCAUGUGGAUGAACCUGAUCAUAAUCCUGUGUGGCAUCUUCCUGUUCUUCCUGCUCAUCACCGGCUGCAUGUUAAAGAUCGGGCGAGACUCGCUCUGCGACUCGGUCCUGGAAAAUGUUCACAACAUCACCAGAUGUGAAGAAGCUCAGACUAAAACAUGGGCCAGUCCAUAUCAAGGAGAGAGGUUCUACAGCAACCUACACAAAGCUGAGACAGCCGUGUGGAUCAACUUCUUCUUUUGGCUCAUAAUUGGGGUUUUGGUGAUCAUUCAGAAGCGUCAGAGCUCAGGGUCCAAGGUGAUUGCAGGAGGGUUCGCUGGGCCAGCUGGAGGGCUUUUCGGUGAUCCGGGGGUGACGGCUGCAGAGACGGAGCCGUUUUUCAACCGUCCUGCGAGGCCACAGUGAGAACUGGAGUCAUAAAAACACAUGUUACCAGGAAAUUAAUAUAUGGCAGUACUGGAAGAUGGUAAAUGCAUUUGUAUUGUACACGUUUAUAUUGAGGUGUCCCAGUGAUGAUGGCACAUGUUAGAGGUAACACAUAAAGUGUGAGGAGCCUGAGACAUAACUGUAACAACAUAAGUGUUAACCUCCGACGAGGAUGGGAUUCGAACCCACGCGUGCAGAGCACAAUGGAUUAGCAGUCCAUCGCCUUAACCACUCGGCCACCUCGUCCCACAUGCUAUGCUACUUAGAUAAACAACUGUCCAGCUCAAAAGGCUUAUCUGAACCAGAUUAACUCUAUGAUCCGAGGGUUGAACCAUUGACAUUGCCAGUUACUAGUUUUCCACAUCUAAACACAAACAGCUGGAUACACACAUCCAGAUGUUUGUGCUUGUCCAUUCACAAAUUAUUUUAGCUAGCAGUUUGCUUACACAACCAACACUUGGAAAAGUUUAUUGCAGGCAAUUUUUUUAUUUUAACUGUGUUCACGUGUUGUUUUAUGAUGUGAAUCUUUUCUACAUGAAACAUUUGCAUAAUCACGAACAUUAUUAUUGAAUGUCUUCAUCAAGCCUCUGCAGGUCAAAGUCACAUUCAUUUACUCCUCCUGAAAAGACAGAUAGCAAAAAUAGUUUGGCCCAAACGCGGCCAACUUCUGUAGAUUUGUUUUAUGCCCACACUUGCAAAGACCAGACAGGAUCCAAAUCUGCAUUUUCUUUGGGCUUUUGGCUAAAACAACACAUGCAAGAACCCUUUGGGCUUCAUCUAUCCCACACAACAUCUGGUUGAACCAGAAGUGCCAAUAAUAGCCCGGAUUAAACGGCUGCUAUAUGGUUUCACCUCUGGCCACUGAAACCAUUUUUUUUUUUUUUUGUAUUUUAAUUUUGUUUAAAAGAAAAACUCCUGUGAUUUAACUCUCUGCUCAGGAAACACAUCUCCUGGCCAUUUUCCCUGAAAAACCUACUGUAUAUUUAUCAGUGGUGCUCAUUACUUUUGUGUAUCGCACAUUAGCAGAAAGAAUAAAAGUAAAAGAUGUGAACUUCCUGGUUUGAAUUUAUGCUAACAGACACAUUUGUGUGGUUUAAAACAGAAAAUCAGAGUGGAAACAGGAUGACAAAAAUUUAUCUCUUGCUUAAGUUUGUCAGAGAAGCUGGAAUUAUAGAAAUGUUGGACAGUGUCUCCCUCUGCUGGCCAAAAAAAAAAAACACAUUUUAAACUUAAACUGCUUUUGUAUUUCUUUACAUGCCUAUGUUGAGAUUAUACAUUAUACAUGUAUGAUACAUACUUUGACAGUGUCUUUAUUAUGCUAUUUUGCAAUAAAUCUUCAAUCUAA